GAGAGGAGGCCCCGGAGAGCCAUGUCCGCCAUCUUGGAGAGUCGGUAAUGGCGGCCAGAGGCCCUUUUCCCGCCUGAGCGGAGGGUCCGCCGCUGGAGAGACGCACUCGCUGAGCUGCAGGAAAAGAGAAGUUGAGAACAGUGGCUACUCAAACCUGGAAACAUUUGGGCAUGAUUUCACUGGUUGCAGUAGAAACUUGCUGUAGAUGGCCACUGCAUUUUAUCAAAAUACAGAUGAAGAAGUCCAGUAAUGGUGCAAUACAGUUAACAGGAAGAAAUCUGCUUCAUCUUAACCUAAUUCAGUCUGCUAAUCUGCUAAUACUGUAGAUUGAAAGAUUUUGCUGUUGCCAGGAUACCCUGUAAUGGGCAAGGAGCCACAAAGAAUAGAUUUUUCUUUUCUUUUAAAACUUUUCUGUUAACAGAUUCUGUCUCUGGGACAGACCAGUGCAGCUGCUUACUAAUGGGAAGGCAAUUCAGAUGAGGAAGAAGCAGUUAUUUUCAGCUUGGAGUGGGGAAGAAACAAAAGUGUACUCACAGACCAGCAUGUUUUGGAAAUUUGAUCUUCACUCAUCAUCCCACAUAGACACACUUCUAGAGAGAGAAGAUGUAACUCUGAAGGAACUGAUGGAUGAAGAGGAUGUUUUACAAGAGUGCAAAGCUCAAAAUCGCAAACUUAUAGAAUUUCUUUUGAAAUCGGAAUGUCUGGAAGAUCUAGUUUCAUUUAUUAUAGAAGAGCCACCUCAAGACAUGGAUGAAAAAAUCAGAUACAAGUAUCCAAACAUAUCUUGUGAGCUGCUUACUUCAGAUGUUUCACAGAUUAAUGAUAGACUGGGAGAAGAGGAAUCAUUACUAACAAAAUUGUACAGUUUUCUUCUAAAUGAGCCCCCUUUGAAUCCAUUAUUAGCUAGUUUCUUCAGCAAGGUGCUAAGUAUUCUUAUUAGCAGAAAACCAGAACAGAUUGUGGAUUUCUUAAAGAAAAAGCAUGACUUUGUAGACCUCAUUAUAAAGCACAUAGGGACUUCUGCUAUUAUGGAUUUAUUGCUCAGGCUACUUACUUGCAUAGAACCUCCACAGCCCAGGCAAGAAGUAUUAAAUUGGUUAAAUGAAGAGAAAAUUAUUCAGCGACUUGUGGAAAUUGUACAUCCUUCUCAAGAUGAAGAUAGACAUUCAAAUGCAUCCCAGUCACUCUGUGAAAUUAUACGCUUGAGUAGAGAUCAGAUGCUACAAGUACAGAACAGUUCAGAACCAGAUCCGCUGCUUACAACACUAGAAAAAAAAGACAUAAUAGAACAGCUGCUAUCAAAUAUUUUUCAUAAAGAGAAAAAUGAAUCUGCCAUAGUCAGUGCAAUUCAAAUAUUGUUGACCUUACUGGAAACAAGACGGCCAACAUUUGAAGGUCAUAUAGAAAUUUGCCCACCUGGUAUGAGCCACUCAACAUAUUCAGUUAGCAAGAGUGUAUUAGAAGCCAUAAAAGCACGCCUUUCAUCCUUCCAUGAACUGCUUUUGGAACCCCCCAAAAAAAGUGUUAUGAAGACAACAUGGGGUGUGUUGGAUCCACCUGUAGGAAAUACCAGGUUAAAUGUGAUUAGGUUAAUAUCCAGCCUUCUACAAACAAAUACAAACAGUGUGAAUCUGGAACUUAUAGAGCUCAAUAGCAUAGGAGUGAUACUGGACAUGUUUUUUAAGUACACAUGGAAUAACUUUUUGCAUACGCAAGUAGAAAUUUGUAUUGCAUUGAUUCUUGCAAGUCCUUUUGAAAGCACAGAAAAUGGUACAAUCUCAGAUCAGGAUUCCACUGGAGACAACCUUUUGCUGAAACAUCUUUUCCUUAAGUGCCAUUUAAUAGAACGAAUACUUGAAGCAUGGGACAUGAAUGAGAAGAAACAGGCUGAAGGAGGAAGGAGAUAUGGCUACAUGGGUCACUUAACAAGAAUAGCUAACUGUAUUGUGCACAGUACUGACAAAGGGCCAAACUGUACACUAGUACAGCAACUUAUUAAAGAGCUUCCAGAUGAAGUCAGGGAGCGAUGGGAGACUUUCUGCACAAGCUCCUUAGGCGAAACAAACAAAAGAAAUACAGUGGAUCUAGUUACUACCUGUCAUAUUCAUUCUUCCAGUGAUGAUGAAAUUGAUUUUAAAGAAACUGGUUUCUCACAAGAUUCAUCUUUGCAGCAAGCCUUUUCUGAUUAUCAGAUGCAACAAAUGACGUCCAAUUUUAUUGACCAGUUUGGCUUCAACGAUGAGAAGUUUGCUGAUCAAGAUGAUAUCGGCAAUGUUUCUUUUGAUCGUGUGUCAGACAUCAAUUUUACCCUCAAUACAAAUGAAAGUGGCAAUAUUGCUUUGUUUGAGGCAUGCUGCAAGGAGAGAAUACAACAGUUUGAUGAUGGUGGUUCUGAUGAAGAAGAUAUCUGGGAAGAGAAACAUAUUGCUUUUACACCAGAAUCUCAGAGAAGGUCCAGCUCAGGCAGUACAGACAGUGAAGAGAGUACAGAUUCUGAAGAAGAAGAUGGAGCAAAGCAAGAUUUGUUUGAGUCAAGCACCAAUACAGAAGACAAGAUGGAAGUAGACUUGAAUGAAACACCUAGCUGGUCAGCUAACUUCGAUGUUCCUAUGGAAACCACACAUGGCACUAAUUUGGAUUCUGUUGGGUCUGAUGUAUGGAGCACAGAAGAGCCAAUGCCAGCAAAAGAGACUGGCUGGGCUUCCUUUUCAGAUUUCACAUCUCUAAGUUCAAAAGAUUCAUUAAGAAGUAAUUCACCUGUGGAGAUGGAAACCAGCACAGAGCCAAUGGAUCCUCUUGGUGCAAAUGUAGCUGCACUUGCAACUCAGCCAGAAGCUGUAGGAAGUGUUGCAAUGGAAGCUGGUUCUGAUGGUGAAGAUGAUGUGGAAAAUACAGACAAGGUGACUGAGACAGUAAUGAAUGGCAGCAUGAAGGAGACCCUUAGCCUUACUGUAGAUGCUAAAACUGAAACAGCUGUCUUCAAAAGAUACAUUUCAGUGGUGACUUGGGAAAGAUGAAACACCUACAUUUGUAUCUUACCAACUUUGUCAAAGUUACAUCCUAUCCUUCCCUUUGGGAAGGUCAGAGCAGCUUAUCCAAGACUGCUUUAUGAAAUUCCCCACCAGCAGUCUGUCAUCUAGACUGAGGCCUAGUUCUCACAAACAACAGGUAGGGCAGUAAAAUUGUGUCUGGAUUUCUCCAGAGGACUGGCCCUGUUAGUCUUUAAGGUGCCACAAGACUCUUUGUUGUUUCUGUUGGAGCAGCCUAACUCCUUUUAUUUGGUAUAAACUUUCAUGGGCCGCAGUUGGUACUUGUGCAAACAUUUGCUAGUCUUGCAGAUGUCCUAAGAUGCUUUGUUGUGUCUGGACUUUCCCACUUCAGCCUUUAGGUGGCAGCCUCAUAUGACUAAAUGUUUCCCCUUACAAAAGAGCCAUUUUCCUCAUUUUAAAAAUCCGCCUGUAAGGAAGCUGAUACAUACACAAGUGAGUCCUUGACUGCAGUCUGAAGUGAUUAACUCCAGAUCUAAGGUUACCACUUCACCUGCUGUAUGUGAGAAAUAGGUCUGAGACCUGCUGAGAUUACAGUGUUUUGUGCCCUCUGUUCAAUCUCUCCAUGAAAAAAGGCUAGUUCAUUUAGAAAUUUUGAAUAAUAAUGUGUAAUAAGCAACUGCUACUUGGUUGCAUUAUAAAUAGGCUAACUCCAAGGGCUACUUUUUUGCCAAAGGUCUUGAUGGUAUUUUUAUAUUCCUUUUCUGUUUUUC